GGAAUUAAUAAAAAUUCGAUGGAACCUUACGGAUGAAAUCGCGGCUUACAAUUCUAGUAUUUCUCAAUUAUUCCCAAUCAUUCUUUCACCUUUUCUUGGAUACUUAUUAGAUCGUUUCGGAAAUCGUUCCUUGACCUUGAUUGUAUCCGCAGUAUUUCUCAUCAUAUCAAUAUGUCUCCUUGGAUUCACAUUAGCAUUUACUCCGAUAAUUGGAAUGGCUUUUUUUUCAAUUUCACUUUCAUUAGGACAAGUAGCAUCAUUGACAUCAAUAUUAAUACUAUUACCUUUAGAUUAUAUUGGUACCGCAUUAGGGAUAUAUAAAUCAAGUUCAAAUAUUGGAUUAACAAUUUAUGAUAUAAUUGUAGGAUUAUUACAAGAUAUGGACAAAGGCAACUACGAUAUG